UUGGCUUGGCGUGCACUCCGCACCUCGGGAACGGUAUUGCGCGUGGAACGUCUGCUUUUGGCAGACUAUUGCCCAGAAGAAAAGAUGUUUGGUUUUCACAAGCCAAAGAUGUACCGAAGUAUAGAGGGCUGCUGUAUUUGCAGAGCUAAAUCCUCCAGUUCUCGAUUCACUGACAGUAAACGCUAUGAAAAGGACUUCCAGAGCUGUUUUGGGUUACAUGAGACUCAUUCAGGAGACAUCUGUAAUGCCUGUGUCCUGCUUGUGAAAAGAUGGAAGAAAUUGCCAGCAGGAUCAAAAAAAAACUGGAAUCAUGUGGUAGAUGCAAGGGCAGGACCCAGUCUAAAGACUACCCUGAAACCAAAGAAAGUGAAAACUCUAUCUGGAAACAGGAUAAAAAGCAACCAGAUCAGUAAACUGCAGAAGGAAUUUAAACGUCACAAUUCUGAUGCUCACAGUACCACCUCAAGUGCCUCUCCAGCUCAAUCUCCUUGUUAUAGUAACCAGUCAGAUGAUGGCUCAGAUACAGAGAUGGCUUCUGGCUCUAACAGAACGCCAGUGUUUUCCUUUUUAGAUCUCACAUACUGGAAAAGACAGAAAAUAUGCUGUGGCAUUAUCUAUAAAGGCCAUUUGGGGGAAGUCCUCAUCGACACACAUCUAUUCAAGCCUUGCUGCAGCAAUAAGAAAGCAGCUGCUGAGAAGCCGGAGGCUCAGGGGCCAGAGCCUCUACCCAUCUCCACUCAGGAGUGGUGACUGAGGCUGAUGUAGAAGGGGAACAAAA